UAUUGACAGGCGGGAAGAUUGAAGGUCCAUUUCUGUCUAGACACCAUGGCGAUGAAGGAGGAUGAACCAGUGAUUUCACUGAAUGAAGAUGUUGAGCAUGAGACGAAAGAGAAGGUUCUUCAAAGAUACUUCCUUCAAGAAUGGGAACUUGUUAAGUCUCUCAUCGACGUUAUAGUUGCAGAUCGCCGUGUAUCAGAUGUAUCUGCUGUUCACAAGAUCCGAUCAAUCGUGGACAAGUAUCAGGAACAGGGUCAACUGUUGGAGCCGUUUCUGCAAAGCACAGUAUCUCCUUUAAUGUCCAUUGUUCAAUCCAGAUCAAUCGAACUUGGAACAGACUCAAAGAGUGUUCUUGAAGUGAUCAAGCCCAUAUGCAUCAUCAUAUAUUCUUUGGUGACUGUUUGUGGUUACAAAGUGGUUAUAAAGUUUUUUCCUCAUCAGGUUUCUGAUUUGGAACUAGCAGUAUCUCUCUUGGAAAUGUGUCAUGCUGACACUUCAUCUACAUCAAUGCGGGAAGAAAGUACCGGAGAGAUGGAGGCGAAGUGUGUGAUAUUACUCUGGCUUUCAAUUCUAGUUUUGGUUCCUUUUGACAUCUCCUCAGUUGACAGUAGUAUUGUUGGUGACCAUCUUUUGGGAGGUGCACCGCCUCCUUUGGUAUUAAACAUGCUUAAGUUCUGUAAAGAUUAUCUAUCAAAUGCGGGUCCCAUGCGGACCAUGUCUGGAUUGGUGCUUUCAAAGCUUCUAACACGCCCAGACAUGUCAAAGGCUUUUUCCAGCUUUAUUGAAUGGACACACGAAGUUCUAUCUUAUGUCAAAGAAGAUGUAAUGGAUCAUCACUUCAGAUUACUUGGUGCUGUAGAAGCCCUGGCAGCAAUUUUUAAGGCUGGAAGCAAGAAGGUACUGGUUGAUGUGGUUCCUCUUGUCUGGGGUGACAUAUCAGUCUUAAUGAAGUCUGGGAUAGCAUCUCGAAGUCCUUUACUUCGUAAGUAUCUAGUGAAGCUGAGUCAACGUAUUGCGCUUACUUGCCUUCCUCAUCGUUCUCCAUCCUGGCGCUAUGUGGGCAGGCACAGCACUCUCCAUGCGAAUGUUUCACAAAAUGCAUCAAUUAGAGCUCAAAGUUCAGAAAAUGAUGGUAUGGAAGUGGACUCAAUUUCAGACAUAAAUGCUGGUUUUCAACAAGAAGAAGACAUGGAUAUCCCAGACAUUGUUGAAGAGAUAAUUGAGCUAUUGCUUUCUGGAUUGAGAGAUACGGACACGGUUGUGCGUUGGUCUGCUGCAAAAGGCAUUGGCCGUGUGAGCUCUCGUUUGACCUAUAGUUUCUCAGAUGAAGUCCUCUCUUCUGUAUUGGAGCUAUUUUCACCUGGUGAGGGGGAUGGUUCAUGGCAUGGAGGUUGCCUAGCGUUGGCAGAGUUGGCACGUCGAGGGGUACUCUUACCUGUCAACUUUCCCAAAGUUGUACCUGUUGUUAUAAAGGCCUUGCAUUAUGACAUUCGAAGAGGUCCACAUAGCGUUGGGUCUCAUGUGCGUGAUGCAGCCGCUUAUGUUUGUUGGGCAUUUGGUCGUGCAUAUUUACACAGAGAUAUGAGAAGCAUACUGGAAGAUCUUGCUCCUCAUCUUCUGACAGUUGCCUGCUAUGACCGUGAGGUUAACUGCAGAAGAGCUGCUGCUGCAGCUUUCCAAGAGAAUGUUGGGAGACAAGGGAAUUAUCCCCAUGGAAUUGACAUAGUGAACACUGCUGACUAUUUUGCUCUAUCAUCGCGCUCAAACUCUUAUCUAUAUGUUGCUAUUAGCAUUGCACAAUAUGACGGUUACCUUCACCAUUUCAUUGAUGAGCUAAUAGAUAACAAGAUCUGUCACUGGGAAAAGGGCUUGAGAGAACUUGCAGCAAAUGCCCUUGCAGCUCUUGUAAAAUAUGAUCCUCAGUAUUUUGCAGACUCUGUUCUUGAAAAGUUGAUUCCAAGUACUCUGUCAUCUGAUCUCUGCAAGCGUCAUGGCGCAACUUUAGCAGUGGGGGAACUUGUUUUUUCUUUGCAUCAGUGCAAUCAUGUUCUCUCCUCUGAUAAGCAAAAACACGUUGCUGGUCUUGUUCCUGCUAUAGAGAAAGCACGAUUGUACCGUGGGAAGGGUGGAGAAAUAAUGCGUUCUGCUGUUUCUCGGUUUAUUGAUUGUAUCUCGUCAGCUCAUAUACAUUUGCCAGAAAAAGUAAAAAGAAGUUUGCUUGAUACCCUUAAUGAGAAUUUGAGACACCCAAAUUCUCACAUUCAGAAUGCUGCAGUUGAAGCCCUGAAAACUUUCAUUCCAGCUUACUAUGCUAAGGCAGAAGAUAAAAUUGCUGGUGAUAUCUUACUCAAAUACCAGGAGCAACUAAAGGAUCCUAAUGCGGCAGCAAGAAGAGGUUCUUCUCUGGCGAUAGGUGUUUUGCCAUAUCAAUAUUUGGUUACAGGAUGGAAGUUUCUGCUGCCAAAACUGUGUACUGCUUGUGCAAUAGAGGAGAACCCUGAAGAUAGAGAUGUUGAAGCACGAGUUAACGCUGUCAAAGGACUCGUCUCUGUAUGUGAAACACUUGCAGAGUGUCCAGAAUGUUCAGUUUAUCAUACUGAGGAGGAUAAAAUGCCACUUCUACUUUUCAUUAAGAAUGAAGUGAUGCAUUGCUUACUUAAAGCUCUCGAUGACUAUUCUGUAGAUAACAGAGGAGAUGUAGGCUCCUGGGUUCGCGGGGCUGCCAUGGAUGGCCUUGAGAGGUGCACAUAUAUUCUAUGCAAAAGAAUAUCCAAGCCUACCAGCAAUGAGAAUGAGAACAAUCAGACCUUUGCACUUUUUGAUAAUAAUAUUGCGACCAACUUAGUUGGCAGCAUAGUUAAGCAAGCUGUUGAAAAGAUGGAUAAAAUAAGAGAAACUGCAGCAAAAGUUCUUCAAAGGAUUCUACACAACAAAAAAAUAUUUGUGCCCUAUAUACCUUACAGGGAGAAGUUAGAAGAAAUUAUCCCCAAUAAUGCUGACAUAGAGUGGGGGGUACCAACCAUUUCAUUUCCAUGUCUUAUUCCGCUGCUUCAGUUCAGCUGUUACAGUAGAUUUGUGUUAUCUGGGUUAGUCAUUUCUAUGGGCGGAUUAGAAGAUUUUUUGAGAAAGUCAUCUCUCACUGCCUUGUUGCAGUAUCUUGAUGCCUCAGUGACCAGAAAGAAUACCAAUCAGAGCUCCAGAGAGUUUAUUUUAUCAAAUGACAUCAUUUGGGUUCUACAGGAGUACAAAAGAUGUGACAGAGUAAUCCUACCCACUUUGAAGACAAUCGAGAUUCUCAUGAGCAAAAAGGUCUUUCUAAAUAUGGAGGCUCAGACAGUUGUUUUCUGCAAUGGAAUCCUGGAAUCACUAAAUGUUGAACUUAAAGGAACCAAGGAUUUCUCCAAGUUGUGUUCAAGCAUUUCAAUUCUUGGAUACAUUGCUUCAAUUCCGUGUUCCUCCAAUCUUGAAGCUUUCUCUCGUCUUUUGACCUUAAUUGGACAUCGAUUCCCCAAGAUUCGGAAGGCAUCUGCAGAACAAGUCUAUCUUGUCCUCCUGCAAAAUAGUAGUAUUAUAGCAGAAGACAAGACAGAUAAGGCAUUAGAAAUCAUUUCGGAAACUUGCUGGGAAGGCGAUAUUGAAGAAGCAAAGAGGCAGAGGUCAGAACUAAAAGCCAUGGCUGGUUUGGAAGAGACACCAACUCAAGUAAUAAUUUCAAAGAAUUAUAAUGACAAGAAGCCAAUAAUAAUUGACGAGAAUGCUUCCUAUGCUUCAUUAGUAGAUUCCAGCGGGUUCUAAGAGUGCACGAAUGUUGGGAGUUCUGGCUUCAUGCAAUUCUUGAAAAGAGAUUUUUUUUUUUCUUUCUCUUUUCUUUUAAGAUUACGGAUUUGUGACACUAUUUAAGAAUGGUUUCAUUUAGCCGAUGUUCAAUUUGAGUUGUACAAUGUUUGGGUAUUUGUGAAACCAAACCCACACACAUGUAUCCACAAGUGUUAUUGUAACUGGUUUGUUUAUGUACCUAUAGUUUUCCACCUCGGGGUAUUUUUACGCGAAGAACCUUGCAGUUAUGUAUUA